UUUCCACUCUUGCCUCACUCUGAGCCUUCACAGGGUACUCUUGAAGGUCACAGACAUUGUUUGUUCUUGUCCUGGAUUUAUGCCUUGAAAUUUUAUGUUUUAUUUCCCAGCUACCAUAGGCCCUUUUAUGAGAGUAACCUGGCCUCUGCACUAAAGGACACAUGACUUCUGGGGAUAGAAGAGCACAGUCUGACAUCGCACAGCUGCAGGGAUGGAUAACCAAGGAGUAAUCUACUCUGAAAUGAAUUUGGCCAAAAACCCAAAGAGGCAGCAAUGGAAACCUAAGGGCACUAAAAGCUCCAUUCCAGAAACUGAACAGGAAAUAACGUAUGCUGAAUUAAACCUUCAAAAUGCUGCUCAGGAUCUUCGAGGGGAUGACAAAUCUUACCACUGCAAAGAUUUACUGUUUCCUCCAGAGAAGCUCGUUGCUGGGAUCCUGGGAAUCCUCUGUCUUGUCUUAAUAAUGUCCACUGUGGUAACAAGUCUUGUCGAUCCCUCUAGAGAAACAAAGAAGCAGAACAAUACUCUUCAGACUGUAAGAACUCAGAAAGCAUAUCACUGUCGUCGUUGUCCAGACGGGUGGUUCGCAUAUUCCACCAACUGUUAUUCCAUUGGUAAGGAAUUCAAAACUUGGAAUGCCAGUUUGAUGGCCUGUGCUUCUAAGAACUCUAGUCUGCUUUACAUAGAUAAUGAAGAAGAAAUGAUAUUUCUGGGCUCCCUGUCAGGUCAAUCAUGGGUUGCAGUCUUUCGUAACAGCGGUGGUCAUCCAUGGAUGUCAAUAAAUGGCUCAACUUUCAAACUU